GCUUCAUCAUCGGUUCACAAUCGGCUCUCGGGUCAUGCGAGCUACCAACUUAUUUACCAGGAUGGAUUAUAUUCAAAUCAGAUUUUUUUAAGAGGAGAUUGACAUAAGAUUCACCAUCUCGCUUUGUACGGAAGGAAAUAUCGCAGCAUUGUUUGUACUACUUGUGGAAACCUAUUUUAAAAGUUUGAACUGUCUGCACGCCAACGAAGAGUGACACCGAGAGCUCCUGCGGUUUUUCCUAAAUCUGAACUACAGUGGAAGGACCUGGACAGGACUCAUGCUGACUUUUAUUUCAAAUGAUGGGGAAAAUGACAGAGUCGCAUAAACAAUUUUACAUGCAGAGUGAUUGCACAGCAACUCGAUACAAUUUUCCAUGUGUCAUGAUAGUUUGGAAAUGAUGUGCAAUUUGAUACUUCAGUGACGCAAAAGUGUGGCCAUGAAAGGUCAGUUGGUCGUGUACAACGGACAAGGUUCAUGAAAUUCAAACUCCCAACUCGAGAGUCUCCAGUUAAAAAAUUCCUACAUGUAUAUUGCACAGUUUCUGUAGUUCGUCAACUGAAAUAUAAACCUUUAACAAUAGAUAAAUUGGGCAGGUGUUGGUCCUCCUCGUUUGCAGUUGUCUGUUAUAUCUAAUUAUUAUUGUUGUGGCCAGUUAUGUAAAUUAUUUAAUAGUACAACUAAAAGUGUAUUCCAGUCAGCAGCUACUCCUUCUUAAAAAGUGAGCUAUUACAUAUACGGACGGAGACAUAUUUACAGUACAUCUUUGGAAUAAUGAUCAAAAAUCUCUACAGAUGGGAAUGUCAGAAUUAGAAUCACGUUUCAGUUUGGAAGGAAAAGGAUUCAAAUUAACAGUCACGAAGGAAAUCAGAACAAAAAAUCACCAUGAAAUGAUAUUUCUAACCAAAUUUAGCUCCUUAGAAUACUAAUUUAUCUGUAAUAAUGAAAAAAGAAGAACUGAUAUUUGCUAUGAGUGACGACAACAAUGAUUAUUUGGAUGAUUCGACGAUGAGGCUGCAUUGUGGAGGUCCGAACGAGUCGGACGAAGGUUGCUGCAUUAUUCCUGAUGUUUCAACAAAUUGUGUUCGGCGAGUAAAGUCCACGCCUAAUCUACUUCAGAUUCCUAGCCCUUCUAGAAAUAGAAAAAAGUCUGACGACUCAGCUCUGGGCAGUGGGACGGAAGAGUCCGAGAGUGACAAGUCUGCGAGUAGUGUGGACAAUUCUCCGUCCGACACUCGGUUGGCUGACAGGAUGCCUCCUUUCCACCGGAGUCGUAGCGCAGUGUCCAACAAACUUUCUCCGGACUUGGAGGAGUUGCCCAUAGCGGCUUUCAGUCAGGCCCAGUCGAGAGUGGCCCUUCUCCGCCCUCCUUCCGUCGUCGUAAGUGACCACGAUCUCUGUCAACAUGGGGAACAGACUUAUCUCACGUUGGAAGAUAUGGACGCUGAUUUCAACCAAUAUCACCAUCGAAGACGUUUCUCUGAUGCGAGCGAUUGCAGUUCCCUCAGUUUCUCAGAACUAGACUUUCACAUCGGACCCUCUCCAGGGGACGAAGACCUAGACGACACGGGAUGCAGCAAUAGCAGGACAUCCAGAUGGAGGGCGAUUCGUUCCAUCGUGCACUUCACUCCGUUCAUUCAGACCUACAAAAAGUCAAAGUAUCCCUGGGUCCAGUUAGCGGGUCAUCAAGGCAACUUCAAGGCUGGGCGGCAGCAGGGAACCAUUCUCAAAAAAUUCUGCAGCAGAGAAAAGGACGCGUUCGAGCUUCUCAAGGAGGACCCUCUCAAACCAUUUGUACCUCAGUAUUACGAAGUCGUUCAGGAAGAAGAUAGUGAAUUUCUUCAGUUAGAAGAUCUGUUGGGUCAGUUUACCAAUCCGUGCGUGAUGGAUUGCAAGCUUGGAGUGCGAACUUAUUUGGAAGAGGAACUUAUGAAAGCCAAGGAGAAACACAAGCUACGAAAAGAUAUGUAUGAAAAAAUGUGUCAAAUUGAUCCGAAUGCGCCGACCCCAGAGGAACAUCGUAUGAGAGGAGUGACCAAACCACGAUACAUGGUUUGGAGGGAGACAAUUUCUACAACUGCAACGAUGGGAUUUAGAAUAGAAGGAAUUCGGAAAUCGGACGGUACUUCUUCCAAAGACUUUAAGACUGUUCGAUCCCCAGAUAAAGUCAAAGAAGCAUUUUCGUCAUUUGUUGACGGCUACGCCAGUGUGAUUCAGGACUACUUGGACAGGCUUUAUGCUUUAAGAAAUGCACUGAAACAGUCACAAUUUUUCUCUACGCAUGAGGUCAUCGGUAGUUCUCUUCUUUUUGUGCACGAUUCCUCAAGAGCGUCGGUGUGGAUGAUAGACUUUGCCAAAACGAUUCCUCUUCCGGAAGGACUCCCGACUUUAAGCCACGAUAAGGUGUGGACUCCAGGGAAUCACGAAGACGGGUACCACAUUGGCCUUUCAAAUCUCAUCACCAUUUUCGAAGAGAUUAAAAAGAAUUAAUAAGAAAGACACUCUAAUUUCGAAAGACGAUUUCAAAUUUACUAGUUUUAUAUGAACAAGAAAACCUGAUCAGCUAUGUAUUGUAUUUAGGAUUCAGUCGUUGUUGUUGUUAUUAUUGUUACUGUACAUUAUUUUUGUCGUACGGGAUGAUUUAUUUCCUCUGCCUAGAUUUAUACAGGCAUUGUUGCAGACAGCAGGAAAAUCAUGUCAUGAGAUAGCACACCCUUGUUAGUGCAAAUGUGGAGAAGACAUGUGAAUUUCAAAGUACAACGUUAUACAUUUUCACUAUUUAAUUACGACAUAUAUUAUAUUCUUCCAAAAUCUCCUCAUUACGUUUAAUAAACUGUUACACAAGUAAUCAUAUUGCAUGCCUGGAACAUAGUUCAUUGUUAUAAAACAGAGCCAGCCACACAUUCCAGUCAUUAAACACAUUAAACUUGCCCAGUAAACUGAAAAUGCGAGUUAAUUAUAUAUAUAUGCACACAGAGAUGUGUAGUGUUUAGAACAAAAUGUGAGAAAAUUCUCCCUUGUUCAAAAUCUCAUACGCAAAAGGGAAUAAAGAAUCCCUAUUCGAUCAGCACCUUUGACAGUGUACAACUUAUACAAUCCAGAAAAUUAAUAGCUAUUCAAAUUCUACUGUUCUGAAUAUCAAUGUAAAAUCUACGAGUGUAUGAAAUUCAUUGAGGAAAUGAAAAAUGAAUAAAAUUACAAAAGGAGCUUAA